CACCACUAGCUAUCCUAUGAGUACUUAUACCAGUCAUUCAUCAUGUUUAUGGCUUCGUGGAAGAAGGGCACCUGCUCACUCUAGUCAAACCUGGGAAGGAAAAAUCUCAGCCUGAUUUAUUCCUUGCUUCACGACAUUUAGAAUGAUGGAGAAGGACCCUGAUCAGCCCUCCAAUGGCAGCAACGGUGAGCCUGAGGCUUCCAUGGCAACAGAUAUUGCUGACGAAGCUAAAACGAAAAGGAAGUCUGCCUUCAGUCCAAGCCGCCCAACAGCUGUGGUGAAUCGUCUCAAGACACUGCUGGCAAACAUGAAAAGGACGCACACGGAAAAAGCUGAAGGGGAGAGCGUUUCCAUAGAAACAGGUCGUGUUUCCCCAUCGUCUCCUAGCAAUGAUCCUAUUCCUGUGGAACCUGAUGUCAGUGAUCGACCAAAAGUGCCUCUCAAGCAGCGCAGCUUCCUCAAUCCAUUUCUUGAGUUGACGGCUGCAGCUCAAGGCACCACAGAGGAGGAGGUUAUGCGAAGUUCGCCUGAUUUAUUUGAGAAUGUAACCGUGAAACAGGAGAAACAAGAUUCCUCUGGUCAGUGUAGCCGGUCAUGUGGUCAUUCAGGACUGUCAGAUGAGAGCUCAGAUGCUCUUACAUCAAAGGUGCCUGCAGCUGAUUGUUUGAAAGGUCAGUGGAGCGGAGAAAUGCAGGAAUCAGUAGCGCCGUCUGCUGAAAAAUCACUUGAAAAAGCCAAAACCAUGGCUGAUUCUGAGAGCCAAGUGAUUGAUCAUAAUACGAGUGCUGAUCAAGGUGAAUCAAACUCGAGCAGUAAAGAAAAAGAGGUUGAAUUAGGGAAUUUUCUUUCAAGUGUUGUUGAUGGGGUCGAUGGGGAUGAUAGAGAUUACAAACAAGUGCCUGCAGAACCAGAGGUAACCACAAGUAGUGCACAGUCCGUAAGUUGUGAGGAUGCUCUUGAUGCAAUUGCGUCAAAACCAAUAGCAUCACUAUUAGAUGGUAGAAAUGACUCUGAAAAUGCUGAGAAGACAUUCUCUGCAAUUCCUGAGAUAGAUCUACCUAAUACCAUUGUAGCAGACAGUCCAACCAACUUGGUAACUGCGGCAGUGAAUGAAACUAAUGCCAUCUUGUCCAAUGAAAAAUCUGGUAAUGAAAUAACCUGCGGAUCCCUCAUCGAACCAUCGGGUAUGGAUAUUGCCAAUAAACAGAUGGAUGUUGCUAUGCCAAACCUAGAGCAAGAUCAAAAUAAAGAGAAUGAUAAAGGAACGUGUGGAAUUGCAGAUGAAAGGAUGAAUAGAUAUGGAACUGAUUUUACGAUGCCAAGCCAGCAGGAUAAACAGGUGGAGGGAGAAAUUAGUGGGAGAGCCGAUAUUAGGAAAGACAGAAUUGCUGCUUUGCCAAACCAAGAGCAAGAUAAACUUGAGGAGGGAGGAUUGGGUGGGACUGCCAUGGGUGGAAUCGAUGGACUACCAGUAAAAGAUUCACUGAAGCACUUGAAGGAGAAAUUUCCGCUGCUGUGGGAAGCAGCAGGAGGUGGGGAAGCCAAUGAAAAUAUUGGGAGCGAACUAAAUUCUGAGGACACAGCUCCUUUGGGGAUGGUGAUGAGCAAAAGUCAAACAUCAAUUGAAACCAAAGAAAAUUGCAGAUUAGUAGCUUUGGACAAAAGUCAUGAUGAUGUAAAUCUGAAGGAAAAUGCCAUUGCAUUUGAUGAUGCUGUUUCAGAUGGUACUGUGGAAAACCAAGCAAAUACCAGAUUAGAGGAGCCUGAGGAUACACUGGUGCCAGAGGAUGGACAUGGGGAGUCUGAUUGCUCAAAUGGAAAGAUUUCUAAAGUUUCCAUAUCAGAUGACUCUGAUGUAAUGGCUGUUGAUGACGAUAUCUCUAGACCACCUUCCACAGCCGGGUCUGGGAGGUCUACAGGGACUGGAGGGAAUCUAGUGGUGGAACAGGGGUCAUCUAAUCUUGUGGAGUUUAACAACACACACUUAGAAUCAGGUGAUUCCAAAUUGCUAGCAGGGGAUGAUAUCGGACUCAGUACCACCCUUAAAAGUCACUCGGCAUCGGAUUUGAAGGGCAGUGGGGAUUCCUUGUCUGUGGCAAAUGUUCCAUUUCCUCGGUUAGAAACUGAAAAAACAAGCGAGAGCACAGGGACAGUUGAGCAGAUGCAUGUUAUCGGUGCCUUGGAUUCCAAGGAAAGCGAGGGUGUCAUCCUAAAAAACACCUGUUCCAACAACAGACAUUCAGAGAAUCUGAUGGACUCGAGUGAUUUCUUGUCAAUUAAGAUUGCAGAUGUUAAGAGCAUGAAUGUGGAAGAGUUUGAGAAGGUUGAAUCUCCAGCUGGGGUAAUUGCUGGCCGGCGAAGUUCUAGUAUCGAAGCAGAUCAGAGGAAUCAAGGACCAAGUCCAACGCCUAGCGAUGGAUCAGUUAUAACGGUCUUGGGAGCCAGUGGACCUUCAGACAAUAUAAAAACAAAUGAUGUAAUUGUCAAGUGCAAGUACAAGAAUGGAAAAUAUCAUUGUUUGAUGUGCAAAUUCUCCAUAACAUUCUCCACAUCAUUUGCUGUUCAUUUACAUAAACACUUACAUAAGUUGAACCAGAUCUGCACAGUUUGUUGUCCUACUGGGUCUUCUCCGAAAUCAUUGAAUGACUCUCCAUUUAAAAUCACAUGUCCAGUUAUCAAGUCCACAAUGGAUGCAUUGGAAAGAGCAAGACAGAAGAAAAGUUCUCAGUAUUUGUCCCCCAAGUUGAGCGAUAGUAGCUUUGCAGCGGCUUCCCCCCUUUCACUCUCGGGUUUUACGCCUACUGAGAAUAUCCUUGAGCCAAACUAUCCAGGGUCUGAUCUGACUGUUAUAAAGAGUGGGGAGUCCGCUGCUCAUGUCAGCUUGGUCAGGGGGUCAAUGGAAAGUGAGGAGGACUGCGUUGUCAUAUCAGGUACUGCAGUGGGACUCGAAGUGGAGGAGCCAGGUUCUGCUGAGCAGGUUAUGGUGCCAGAUAUGCCAUCAGUCGUGGUGGACUUGGCACCUAGUGAAGUUUCAAACAAGACAGUUAGCAUAGAAGCGAUUGGAGCUCCUUCUAAACCAAUAAUAGACAUGUCUGAUAUACCCACUGCAUUGCCAAUGUCGCAGUUUCAGCGUUCAAUGAGUACAUCAUCAGCUGCAGGCUCAGGAAACAAGGUAACUGCUCAUCAACUUACUGAGGAAACAAUCAUCCUAAGCAUUGUCAAAUUGGAAAACUCUAAAGGAUUUUACACUUGCGGAUUUCCAAGGUGUAACUUCAGCUCGAGCAUAGAGUCAAACUUGGGGACACACAGUGUUGUCAGUCAUAGUUUUGAGCGCAGUUUCCCUUGUGUCUACUGUGGCCACAAGUUUGACGAAGGUGACAGUCUCCUUGUUCAUAUGAAAGGACACCACAAUGCCUCAAAGAUGUUCCAGUUGUAUCGCUGCUGUUUUGGGAAAUGUAAAUUCUGUUCGAACAACUCCCAAGCUUUCAAGCAACAUAUCAAUAUCAUGCAUGCAAUGGAGACUCAGUUCACGUGCAUAUUUUGCAAGGAGGAUAUGAGUGGCGAUGACGAACUGAUACGUCACUUGAAUGAGAAUCUCUUGAAACUGACUCAAUGUCCAUACUGUCUUGUCAGGUCACCAAGUCGACCACAUGUCUUACAGCAUAUCAAGAGACAACAUCCGAAUGAAGUCAGGCGCGUGACAGUCACUAGUAAAACGAUCUGUUCAGAUAUCAAGAAAGUAAACGACUGUAUGUCUGCAUCUGGAGGGAGGUCGCUGCAUGUCUGUUCAGCUUGUCAGUAUCAAACCGCACACACUGGGCGGUUCAGGAAGCAUUUGGUAAAUUGUGAGAAGGCAAAGAACUUCCAUGCAAUGAUGGCUUCAAGUUCGGAGUCGCCUAGUCAAGCGUCGAGCUUAGGAGAUGCCGAGUAUGCAUUGCCAAGGCAGGAGUCUAUCUCUGAUAGAUCUACCAAGGGCUUAUGUGAUUAUGCCAACCCUAGUCAAGUCGAUGUAAAUGCAGAGUAUGUAAGUGACGCUGAUUCAGAUAGUCCAUUUCCAAUAUUCGAGUGCAGCGCCUGUAGGCUUACUUAUAAAUCCAAUGCUGAACUCACCGAACAUAUCAGGGAGAACCAUUACACUUCGCUGCAGAAAGCUCCUGGUUUAAGCUAUCGGAUCAGAACGCCGAGUCCUUCAUCCACUAAGGAAACUAACUUUUUAUGUGACAAAUGUGCGACACCAUUCAAGGACAGAAAAUCUCUUCAGAGACAUAGAACUGAUUUCCAUUUCAUGGAUUCUGAUUCCAUCACUGAAUCCUUUGAGGAAACAGAUGACCUCAUGAUGAGAUGUCCCAAGUGUGUGAACUUUGGAACACGAGCUAUGUCUGCCUUCAAACGUCACAUGCUAAAGCAUCCGGGAAAGCAUGUGACCGCCAGUAAGAUGUGUCGGCUGUGUCAGUAUAUGGCUCAGUCCAGGGAAGCCAUACUGUUACAUUAUUCAGAGAAACAUUGUGACAUUACUGAUCCUGAGAUGGACAACAUGAAACUUGUCUUCUAUGGUGAACGGGCAGCAUGUCCUGUUUGCGAUUUCACUUGCCCUUUUCAAGUUGAGCCGUUGGUUAAUCACAUGAUAAAGCAGCAUACUGGAAACCACUCGGCCUUGAAGCAAGCGCUGGACCAACUUCCAGAUGAUACAGCUGAACAGUCGGUCGAAGUAGGGCGGAAAAUAGAUGAAAAGUUUUUGUGCAAAUACUGCGAUGCGAAAUUCGAGCUCUUGUCAACUUUUCUACGCCAUGCUCAGUGUCACUUCAGUGGUGAAGAACAGUUUAUUAUCUUCAAGUGUUCAUGUUGUCACUACCAGUCUGAUCGUAAGGGCUUGGUGUCAAGACACAUCAAGAAGAAGCACGCCGGAGAGAUCCGACCUCCAGACUAUAUCAGGUAUGUCAUGCUGAAAAGCAAGUUGGGCUCACAAAAUGGAUCUGCACUUGAGAGAGAAUCAAGUCACAGAGACAGGAGAGUCGAGGAGUUGGAAAGUUCUAGUCAUCAGGGGGAGGACAGUCCUGCAUUGUUUGGUGAAAUGGAAGAUGAAAUGAUGGACACUGCAUCUGAUUUGUAUGAGAAUCCAGGAUUUGAGCCACAAGACGAGACAGACUACAUGAAUGUGGGUACCGAGGAAGAAAGAGGUGAUACACAGGAUGGAAUUGGUGGGUUUCUAACCCCUGCAAUGCCUGAACAGUAUAUCAAGGUUGAACCUAUGGAGGAGGCUGAAACAGCAGUCCCUGGGAUGACUAUUGAGAGGUAUCACUGCGACUAUUGCCAGUUCAGUUCAGGCAUCAUGGAAGAGUUUGAGAAUCAUCGGUGCGCAGAUCCGAACUCCGCUUUGGAGAUGCCAGGAGUUAGGGACAUGCAACAAGCAACCCCAGCGCCUGAAGCGUAUGAAGCAAGCUCAUCAUCUGAUGCAGCUGACGAUGAUGGUAUUGAAAGUUAUGCUGUCACAAGUCGGAAGGUUGGGAAUGAAUGGGAGUGUGUGGAAUGUGGGUAUAGGUCACAGCAUAGGAAUAAGAUCGAACGCCACUUUCGCUACAAGCAUCAGUCAAAGAAGCCUUACAUCUGUGGAUAUUGUAACUUCUCAGCAGUUGAGAACGGGCAUGUGAGGAGGCAUUGUCGCAAUAUCCAUCCAGGCCGGCCGGUCAGCGUCGUCAACAGUCUGAAAGCAGACCAAGAGGAGAUGUAUCCAGAUACACCUGAUGACAGAAAUCUACCGUCUGAUCUUGAUGACCAGAUCUCACAGUUAGGUCCAUACAUGUUCCAGUGUAACAUCUGCCAGUAUACAUCAGAGACCCAUCACCUGAUCGAACGUCAUGUUCUGUGCGUUCACUUCAAAUUCCAUAAGUACGAGUGUAAGUUCUGUACUUACACGGCAGCAGAGAAAGGCAAAAUUAUCAAACAUGGAAAACUCUUACACAAGGGGAAUGUUGGCUACUCUAUGAGGAAGUUUGAUGACAAGAGUAAAGUCCCGAGCAAAGGGGCUAGUGCGGCUUUGGGAAGUCCGAGAAUAGAAGUAGCGAGCAUGCCAGAGCAAAAGUUCACUCCACCUGCAGCUGUUUCUUUGAAGAGGAAGUCAUCGUCUAAGUCAGGUUUAGUCUCGAAGAAAGCCAAGUUGGAUGAGGAUGAUGAAGAGACUGUAUUAAAAGCUCUGACGAGACUCUACACAGAAGUGAGAGCUAACAUCAUCCAAACUGGUGAAUCAGAGAGGUAUUAUCGCUGCACAGCGUGCACUUACACAAAUGAUCAGAAGUGGUGCGUUGUCCGUCAUGUUUCAGAAUCCCACCCAGAGAGCAAUGAUUUUGAUUUGGUUGCUGAGAGACACAGGCACACGGAUCAGAAGAAGAGCAGUUCCUGCAAGAUCUGUGGUCAAGCCUCGGUGGCUUACUUUGAUAUAAAAAAGCAUGUACUUGCUGUGCAUUUCCAGUAUGGGAUAUAUAACUGCAAAUACUGUCCAUCAAGACUCCACUCUAAGUUCAAAAUGGCUGAGCAUGUCAGGACUAUCCACACCAGUGAAUCGCAGGAAAUAAUCGAGUAUCCUGAUCCUCUUAACAGAGUGAACAAUAAAAUGGACAAGUUCUGUACACCAAAGAAACAGAGUGACGGGAAAUACAAAUGUCUGUUUUGCCCAUUUGCUAGACCUCGCGCCAAGCACGUAGAACAACAUCUCAAAAAGGUGCACUUGAAUUACAUUAACCCCUUUAAGUGUCUCUACUGCGGUUAUAGUGCUAAAUGUAAGGACUCUGUCCGGGCACAUCAUUACAAAUGGCACAUCAAUGAAUAUUUCAGUGUUGUCAUUGUGAGGGCACCUGGUCGCUCAGCAAUGCAAUCCACUCCUGUUGAAUCUUCUCCUUCCUCCAGUCGAGGGAAUCGACUAAGUAGUGAGUCAUCAGGUAUAUCGGAGACAACUCAAGCUGGUACCAGUAAGAGAAAAAGAGAAAGCAGUGAAUCAUCCAGUGUUUCAUCUACUCCAAAGAAAUUGAUGAAAUAUGUUCCCGGAAUAGAGGCUGAACAACUUCUACAGGAUGAGGAGGUUGUGUCAGAGAAGUCGGUGAAAGUUGCUUCGCUGCCUAAGAAACCAAAGUUGAAAUCACCAUUUCUCAAGGUCAAAAUAGGCCCUAAAAUCUGUUCAGAGAAGUCCGAGCCAGUCGUUAAUCUUCGUUGUCAGCUUUGUGGAAAGAUAAUGUCAGGGGAGAUGCGGUUGAAAACGCAUCUGAUGAUGCACCUGGACUAUAGACCAUACACUUGCAUGAUGCCGCAGUGCCAUGGUCGUUUUAUAGAGUUUUCCGGUGUCCGCAGGCACAGUGAGGCAAUGCACCAGAAACCAGAAAAAUAUCGCUACAUCCCAGAUGAAGAGAUGGAACUGAAGGUAUACCGGUUAAUGAGUGGUGACAAAGUAGUGGAUCUACCAGAGAAGAUGAAAAGAUGUAACCCAGAGCCAGAAAUUGAACUUGAGACUAAGGUUAAGUUAGAACCUAGUCUGUCAUCAGUAGAGGUCGAGUCUGAGCCAUCAGUGGAGGAGAAUGUGAAAAGGAUUGUGCAUCAUGUAGAGGGGGAACUUGGUACACCAGAGGCAGUCGAGCAGCAUGGCCUGACUUCAUUCAAAUGUCCUCAUUGUCCACAAAUUUGCAAGGAUCGGCACAAUUGCAUGAAACAUAUUAGACGCCAUGGACCCAGGACUUCCAAAAAAAGGUAUAAAUGUUGCUAUUGUGGAUACUUGGGCCAAUUUCCAUCAAAUGUUAGGGAACACUGGAAGUAUAAACACGAGAAAUCAAUGAAACCGUUUGUUUUCAUAAAAGUUAAUGCCAAUAAUAAGACGAGUGAAGAGCAAGCUUCCUUGCCUGAUGAUUGUGACAAUGCAAGUCAUAAAAAGGAGGCUAGAGUAGAAGACCAGUCACCUCAGAGAAAGGAAGAUGCUGCCACAAAACAGUAUAAACCACCCAGUAAGCCGCGUAACUUUGCUCUUGUGAAAGGUCCUCUGGGAGAGCUGUAUGAGGGGAAAAGGAACAAGCGAACAGUAUUCUGCUGUCCUCAUUGUGAUCAUCAGAAUGAGAGCAGAACCAAUUGUAAUCGCCACAUACAACUACAUGGACCAAAGAUCUUCAAGUGUAAAUAUUGUGAUUACAUUUGCACACAGGUUCCCGAGGUGACCAAACACUGCAUAAGAAUCCAUGGGAGGAAUGGCAUUGUACGUCUUAGUGUUGAAAAGGCAAUUGCAAUGGAAGAGGGCCAGCUUAUAGGCAGCAAAGAAAGUGUUGUACCAGAAUCAUCAUCGGUAGAAAGUCCACGUCAAAAGCAGGAUAUAGCUAGUGAUGAAGACUCUGCAAAGAUAGCUUGGAUUGUCCAGAAACUUGGCUGGCCUAGGGUACACAAAAGCAGUAAACAGGGAAUAGGUAAAAAGAAGAAAUGGAGAUGUCCAUUUUGUCCAUUUUUGGAUAGAGUCAAAACUGUGGUUGUGAGGCACAUGGAGUUGCAUAUGGACGAGAAGUAUUCAGAUCAUAAUAGAGAUAACCAGGGAGCUCACAAUGUUGGAUCUGGAUCUCGAGAGUCACAACUGCCUGCUCAGGGUGAUGAUCUGUAUGCGGACGUUAUCAAAAAGUUGGGCAAACCAAGGGUAUACAGGAGUGGAGCCAGCUUCAGCAAAAGGUGGAAAUGUCCCAGAUGUUCAUUCUCACUUAAUACCAGGUGUGGUAUUCUGAAGCACAUGACAUCCCAUUUGGACGAAACGACACCCAGGAGUGGUCAGGAACGAAAAUCAACAACACCUCAAAUGUCCAGUAACGAGAGUUUGGCGCAUUCAUCUUCAUCAAAGCAGCUCACAUCGGAUAAAACAACACACGUACAAUCAGCAGACGUGCCCCCGAUUAAAAAGGUUAGGAAACGAGAUGGAACUGUCAAGUAUAAGUGCCAGUUGUGUCCAUAUGAAUCAGACAUAUCAAACAAUGCCAGAAUGCAUAAUAUUAGACAUGGACCAAAACGGUUCAAGUGUGCUCAUUGUGACUUCAGUGGCUUCUUUGCAUCAGAAAUUUCAAAACAUAAUGUGACACAUCUGAACAAACCUGUUGCAUGUUUGAAUAUAGAAACAAAUGAUGAAGCUGGAGUUUCCGUAGGAGCGGGGACGUCUGUUUAUAGCAAUGCCAAAGGAACAGCUGUUAGCAAUGCCAAAGGAACAGCUGUUAGCAAUGCCAAAGGAACAGCUGUUAGCAAUGCCAAAGGAACAGCUGUUAGCAGUGCCAAAGGAACAGCUGUCAGCAGUGCUAAAGGAACAGCUGGACCAAAGAUAGCAAAGAAAAGGUACUUGGGUGAACUUCCCGUGAAUAAAGUCACUGAAGGUGGGAGGACAGUCUUAAAAUGUCCAAAAUGUGUUUACUCUACGGAAAAUAACAAAUAUUACAGGAAACAUUAUCGCAUAAGGCAUAUGCCGAGUGCUGGUUCGUCUUCUGUUAAAGUGGAGAGAAUGCAAACUCCAGAGGCGCAGAAACAACCUGAUGCAUGUGAGGUUCGGUUCCAUUGUGAUAGGAUGGCAGGUUAUGGUGUGCCUUGCAGCGUAACUACCAACACACUGAAUGAAAUGAGAAGACAUUUCUAUCACAGGCAUCGGGGUAGGAAGUUGAGGUAUAAGAUUGUGGGGAAGGAGGAAUCCAAGGAGGAUGAUAAGGAGGAAGCAGCAACCAAGGUGCGACGAUAUGACAUACCCGUACCACCACUACCAGGCCGAGAUGACCAGGGUGUCUACCACUGCAGCAAGUGUUCUUUUGAAGCAACAGAGAAGUCUCCAUUCCAAAUCCAUUGGAAGGCCCACGUGAGAGGGUACACAUGCACAAUAUGUGGUUCUGUACAAGAUUACCUGAGUCACAUGGAGAGACACAUCAAAGGUGCACACAAGGAAAUGAAUUAUGAGCAGUUUGUCUCGGACAAUGCCAAGGAUGCGCUCAAGGAGAUGGAGGCAGCCAGCACCAAGGAAGCUCCAGUGAAGACUGAGAAACAACCUGCCAUUCAGAUUGAAAGGCAAGCAGUCUACAAAUGUAGCAAGUGUACCCAUACGUCAUUUUCUGAGUUGGACCAUGCGCUGCAUCUGUCGUUACAUGGCUCCCCAAAGAAGAACGAAAACUCGAGGAAGAUGGCUUGGACUGGAUGGAGUCCUAGGCCGUGGGAGUGUGGAUAUUGUAGUAAAGGCUUCUUUUCUUACUCCAAGGCAAGGUCACAUUGGUCUUACUCCCACAAUGAACUACCAGUGAAAAUUGUUCAAUAUGAUGAAAAGUCGGGGAAUAGGACGCUCCAGAAUGCUUUGCGAUCUCCUGUAUCACCUCGAACACGUACUAACUCUGACGCUUCUGGUACUUCCUAUGGGACUAAUCCUAGCAAGGGCUCAAAUAGUGACAGUAAUACUGGUCAUACAAAGCUGCUUCCUAAACCAGACGCUCAUGUGGAUUCAGAGAGGGGUCGCAGUGAGGAUGAGACAUUGAUGGACUCGUUAGAUUCAGGUGCAGAGAAACCUGCUGGGGUUGACACUGCUGAUUCAGAUGAUGAAGGAGAGGAACUGGGAUGUGUAAAAGAGGAGAACUUGUGGAAGUGGGAUGAGGUUGAUACUCAGGAAACUGAUGGGGUGGGUGAUGUUGAUGGGAAAGAUGAGGAAGGAGCUGAUGAGGAGGAAGAAGGUGUGGAUGACGAGGAGGCACAUGCUGAUGAUGACAAUGACGAUGAGCCCGAUAAUAAUGAGGGAGAUGGUAAUGAGGAGGUGCCAGAUGAUAGUGAUGCGGCAGAGCCUGAUGAUGACGGGGAGGGAGGGGAUGAUGAUGGGGCUGAUGACAGUGAUGAGGAGGGGCCCAAUGAUGAUGUUAAUGACGACGAGCCCGAUGAUAAUGAUGCUGAGCUGAGGGGUUAUGUUGAUGAAGGGGGACCAGAGUCGAAGGAGAGAGCUGAUAAUGAAGAAAGAAGUGCUGAUGACAAGGAUGAAUAUCAAGCUGAUCAUGAUGAAGAGGAUGUUGAUGACAACAGUGUGGUAGGUGCCGGUGAUGACGUAGGUGAAGACGGAGCUGAUAAUGAAGAAAAAGGUUCUGAUAAUGAAGAAGAAGGUUCUGAUAAUGAAGAGGAAGGUUCUGAUAAUGACAGUGAGGAGGGUUCUGGCGAUCUCGGUAAUAAAGCUAAUGAUACAGACGAUGGAGCUGUUUUGGAUGAAAAUGGACUCAAUGCCGUUGAUGGUAUUGAAGAUGAGAGGACUGAGGCUGUAAAUGAGGUGAAGGUGAUUGAUGGUUUUAAUGAGGAGGGAGACUCUGCUUUUAUGAAGGGUGAUGAUGUUGAUGAGGACUAUGAAGGGGGCUGGACAAUAGUUUCAGAGGAUGAUGAGUCACCCCUUAAGUGUGAAAAAUCUGUAGACAACAGGGAAACCAAACCUGAAAAAAGUGGCUGUUCUUUGAAGGAUUUGAAAUGUGAGUUGGACACUGACUGUGCUGAUGGAGGUUGGGAAUUGGUUGGGGAUGUUGUGGAGAACUCCAACAGUGAUGUAGUAAGUGGAAGCCAAGGUGAAGAGGCAUCACAGCUGUCGAGAGAAAUGAACAGCUCGGGGCAGGGAAGUCCAGGCGAUCCAACAGCUUGGAUGAUUUUAGGUAAGGAAAUCUGCAUGCCGCCUGAAGGUGGUUCUGGGGAAGACGUUACGACCGAGUCUGCAGCCAGUGCUUGCCUAAAAGGUGAAACUAAUGAGACUCUGGGCCAAGAAGUGGUGGAUCAAGGCAGAUGCCUUUCACCUUGCCUGAUAAAUAGAGAAGUAAACAGGCUUGGGGACUCCCCAAUAGUCUUUGACUGUUCAAAGUGUAACUUGUGUCCUCGGACAUGUGCACAACAUGGUAGUCCAGGUGAUGUCAAGUUACAGCCUUGUAUUCAUUUGUUUGAUGUUCACAAACUUGCUCAUGGAUCAUUAGCUCAGUUGUUGGCCACUAAUGGUGUGAGGGGUGACCCAAUAUUAUCAUAAGAGUGUCCUUGUGAAAAGUUUCACCUCUCCGCACUUUUUUUGGAGAUAGACGAUUGUGAUUGUCAGGUUACUAACUACAAUUUGGUAAAUUACAGAUGAAGUAUCAGAUGAUGAAGCUGCGACAGAUAUGGCAGAAUGUGAUAUAUUCUCGUGAACACUGCUCUAAUAACGUUUCGAUGAUCGUCCUGUAACUCGUGUGUAAGUCUAAAAGGUGCAUUGAAUUCGAGAGAUCAGUUGAAGAAGUCCUCGGGUUUAGGUGGAAAGUUGUCUUCUUCCCCAGGACUGUGAUACCUGCUAACCUGUUCAAAAUUGUCUACAAGUUUUUCAUCGGAUGGGUUUUUGCCAAUCACUGGUGGUUGAACUGUGUUUUCAUAAAACGCAUCAUCAAUACUGUGACUUUGCAUCAACCUGGAAAAUUAGUCAGUCAUCCACCAAACAGCUUGGUCAAUGGCUUUUAGAGACAACACUGCUACAAAGACACUGUUGAACUACAUGUAACAUUAACUGUAUUUUGGUAUAGGUGUAUCUUGGUUAUCCCUUGGUUGAUUUUGUUUUGUUUUAUCAUUAUAAUUGCUUUUCACUAUUCUUACUUGAGGUGCCGAUUUUGACGUAAAAUGUCACUUUUAGUUUUAUUUUUAUUUACAGUCUCACAAGUCGAAAAGUCUAUCGAGCAAAAGAGAUCAAAGACUUAGAUGAAAAACUGUCCCAAACCCCUCUGGAAUGUCCAGUUUGAAUACCAGUGUGACGCAAUGUGAAUAAACAAUUGAUGGCUCGGCCACGAUCACCCUCGGGGUAAAAGUGUGCCUUGCUCAGUAAACAUUGAUGAUGACCCAGCCCUGUCAAUGUGGUGACUUGAAUGAUGCUCAGCAACACCAAUAACCAUCCAAAUGCAAGCUGAUCAAACUUUUCUUGUUCUCGAAUUUGUUUAGUUUUAGACCACUUUUAAAUGUUUUCGUCUUGUUUUGUUUAUAGUUUAAUUUGAUUUCCUGUGAACCAAAGCUUUGUCAUAAGUCAUACAAUGUAAACUGUUGUCAGUCUUGUUGUGAUAUUUACAAAUGCGAAUUGCUGGCUGUAUCACAUUUGUGCUACCCUGGUCUGUUAGAGUUGGCUGCUCAUUCAGAUGAGCCCAUUGAAGAUUAUCACUGAAACAAAAUAGUCUGUGGAUUGAUAUAUAGACUGCAUUGAGUAUGACUUCACAACAUUGCUGAUAUGGAUUUAAACAAAGAACUGUAUGUGUAUAUAUAUUACUGUUAAUACAACAAUACCAACCAAUGACAACUGCUAAUAAAGAACUAUGCACUGAGUUGAGAUCAAGAGCUUGAGAAGUCACUGUGAAAUUAAUAGAAAGCUUCAGAUGAAAUUGAGAGGUUUAGAUAAACUUUAAGAUCGGUUUUCAAAGAAGUGACCACGGUUUAUUUAUUUUUCAACCAUGAGAAAUUGUUGUAAAUGCUAUAUUUUGUAGUAAGCGGAAAGAUAAUUCAGCCUUUUGAUAUGUGUAACCGCAGUGAGGGUCCAUGGCUUUUAGAGGCAACACUGCUGCGAAGUCACUGUUGAACUACAUGUAACCUUAAGUAGAGGUCCGGACAAAUGAGAAGGUGCAAUGUUGUCCAUUGCUGGGUUGCUCAGUUGGUGUUGGGAGUCUAACGCUACUAUUGUAAGUGAAAAUCACCGAGGGCAAUAACACUUAGUUCCAGUAACGUUGGCAUUGGUCUCUAAGGCUGAUCAAGGAACUGGGCCCAGUUGUAAAUCUAGUCAUUUGGAAGAAUAUCCCAAAGUUAUGAUGCUCUGAUCUUGACGUUACACAUAUCAGAAAGAACCUUAGUGCAUUUUGCCAGUUGGGGAUGAUAAUGAUAAGUGUAUGCUAAGCAUACUGUAGUUUGUAUCAUAAGUUUGUUUUUUUUCGAGAGGUUGCUUGGGCAUGCUUCUUCUAUAAAUGAUGUACCAUAUGCAUUUAGCAAACACUGUUUAAACAGUAAGAUAUGACCAGUUUUAAAAUAAGAGUUUGACUAAAAUGACUCAGAACAUCAGUGGAAAAAUUGGCUUUUGAAAUUAGGAAUUUCCACAUUUUGGAUCUCUCCAGGACAGCUGGUGUAUGUCUCCCAAAGUCAUUGAAUCAAUGCACUUUCUUCAACCAGCUAUCCAUUGGUUUAUGUUAAACUUGUUCGAUCUGAGUGAUGCUUCAACCUUUUGUAUAUAAACGGGGCAUUUCAUGACGGGUAACUAACAAUUGUGCCAGUAUCAUGCCAAAAGCAUUUGACAAUUAAUAAAAUCUUUUAUAUUAA